AUGGGUUUCUUCGAAGACGAGGACCAGAAGUACCAGCAGGAUGUUGAGGCCGUCAAGGCCUGGUGGAAGGAUGACCGCUGGAGAUACACCAAGCGCCCCUACACCGCCGAGCAGAUCGUCGCAAAGCGUGGAAACCUGAAGAUCGACUAUCCUUCCAAUGUCCAGAGCAAGAAGCUCUGGAAGAUCCUCGAGAGCAACUUCCAGCAAAAAGUCGCCAGCUUCACCUAUGGCUGUCUGGAGCCCACCAUGGUCACCCAGAUGGCCAAGUACCUCGAUACCGUCUAUGUGUCCGGCUGGCAGAGCUCUUCCACUGCCUCCUCCACUGACGAGCCGUCUCCCGAUCUCGCCGACUACCCUAUGAACACUGUCCCCAACAAGGUCAACCAGCUCUUCAUGGCGCAGCUGUUCCAUGACCGGAAACAGCGCGAGGAGCGCGUCACCACUCCCAAGGAGCAGCGUGGCAAGGUGGCCAACGUCGACUACCUCCGCCCCAUCAUUGCGGACGCCGACACCGGCCACGGUGGUUUGACCGCCGUCAUGAAGCUGACCAAGCUGUUUGUGGAGCGCGGUGCCGCCGGUAUUCACAUUGAAGACCAGGCCCCGGGUACCAAGAAGUGUGGCCACAUGGCUGGCAAGGUGUUGGUGCCCAUCAGCGAGCAUAUCAACCGUCUGGUCGCGAUCCGUGCGCAGGCCGACAUUAUGGGAACCGACCUCCUUGCGAUCGCGCGUACCGACUCCGAAGCCGCCACCCUCAUCACCUCGACCAUCGACUACCGUGACCACGCCUUCAUCGUGGGCGCGACCAACCCCAACCUGCAGCCGCUCAACGACCUGAUGGUGGCGGCCGAGCAGGCGGGCAAGAACGGCGAUCAGCUGCAGGCGAUCGAGGACCAGUGGGUGGCGCAGGCCGGUCUGAAGCUCUUCAACGACGCCGUGAUCGACGAGAUCAACAAGGGCAGCCUCCCCAACAAGCCGGCCGUCAUCGCCGACUACCUCAAGGCGGUCAAGGGCAAGAGCAACAGCGAGGCGCGGGCCAUCGCCAAGGGCAUCCUCGGCGUGGACAUCUACUGGAACUGGGAUUCGCCCCGCACCCGCGAGGGCUACUACCGCUACCAGGGCGGCACCCAGUGCGCCAUCAACCGCGCCGUCGCCUAUGGACCGUUCGCGGACCUGAUCUGGAUGGAGAGCAAGCUGCCUGACUACGCGCAGGCGAAGGAGUUCGCCGACGGCGUGCACGCCGUGUGGCCCGAGCAGAAGCUGGCGUACAACCUGUCGCCCUCGUUCAACUGGAAGAAGGCGAUGCCGCGCGACGAGCAGGAGACCUACAUCAAGCGGCUGGGUGCUCUGGGAUACUGCUGGCAGUUCAUCACCCUGGCCGGUCUGCACACCACGGCUCUGAUCACCGACACCUUUGCCAAGGCGUACGCGAAGCAGGGGAUGCGCGCGUACGGCGAGCUGGUGCAGGAGCCGGAGAUGGAGAACGGGGUGGACGUGGUGACGCACCAGAAGUGGAGUGGUGCCAACUACGUGGACAACCUGCUGAAGAUGGUGACUGGUGGUGUGAGCAGCACUGCGGCCAUGGGCAAGGGCGUAACGGAGGACCAGUUCAAGCACUAG